AUGGCUUCUUAUCUUUCCUACUACGCGUUUGUUUUCCUCAGUUUCUUCUUUCUCUCUGUCUCCAAUGCUCAACCUUCUUCUUCUUCCCGGCCUGGGGGUCUCGUUUUUCCUGUUAGCAAAGAUCCAUCUACUCUCCAAUUUGUCACCAAGCUCAGCCUAGGAAAAGUCCCCAUAAACGUAGUCGUCGAUCUCGGUCGUAAAUCCUCCUGGAUUUAUUCAAGUGCUGGUUGUGCAUCUACGUCCAUUUCAAGCGUCGUAACAGCUCAAUCUAACGAUUUGAAAAAUGGGGAAUGGGUCUCAGGUCCAAAUGUUACUGCUACUGGGAUUUCACUCGCUGCAUUUCGGUUCCCUCAAAAAUUUGCCUUGGAUUUAGGUGCCGGCGAAGGUUCCAUCUACUUCGGGGAUGGUCCUUACACUAACCAAAACUUCAGGCAGUCAUUAGCUUACACCCCACUUCUCACUAACUCGUAUUUUCCUAGUGACUAUUUCAUUGAUGUGAAAUCAAUCGACGUAGAUGGUUCAAAUGUCACACUAAAGACAGGAUUAUUGUCCAUCAACAAGAGUAAUGGAGUGGGAGGAACUAAAAAUAGCACUUUAGUUGCUUACACUACUAUGGAGACAUCAAUAUACAAGGCCUUCACAAGCGCAUAUGUUAUGGCGGCUAAAGCCAGGGGUAUUUCUACGGUUGCUCCUGUUGCGCCUUUCGGUGCUUGUUUUAAUGCGUCGACGAUAGAAAGUAGACCAGACGGGGUUGUUGUGCCAUAUAUCUCUCUUCGCAUGGCCAACAAUGUAAAUUGGGCUUUUGCUCGGUCAGGUAGUAAUCCUUUCGAGUUUGUUAAGGACAAUGUAUAUUGUUUGCCAUAUGUUGACGGAGGUUUAAAGCCGAAGACUUCAAUAGUUAUUGGUGGUUAUCAGAUGCGCUUAAGUAUUCUAGAAUUUGAUAUUUCAAGAUCAAGAGUAGGGUAUAGUCCACCAAUUCAAGUUUGA